AUGGCCUGCACUACGGCAGCAUCCCUGCAGCAUGACAAGGCCAGCGACGACGAGUCGUGCCUGUACGCCCAGGAGCUCCUGGGCGGCUUCGUCGUGCCCAUGACACUCAAGGCGGUCAUCGAGCUCGACCUCAUCGACGACCUCCUCGCCGCCGACGGGCGCUCUGUGACCCCGGAGGAGCUGGCGGCGCGGUGGCCGCGGCCAGCCGAGACGGCCGCCGCGGUGGACCGCAUGAUGCGGCUCCUAGCGUCGCACAGCGUCGUCAGGUGCACGACGGAGGUGGGGCCGGAUGGGAAGGCCCGCCGAAGCUAUGCCGCGGCGCCGGUGUGCAAGUGGCUCGCAACUCGGAACGCCGGACAGGGCUCGUGGGCUCCUAUGGGGCUGAAGAACCUAAACAAGGUGUUCAUGGAAGCCUGGUACUACAUGAAGGACGCCGGGGCGGAAGGAGCGACACCGGCCGAGAAAGCCUACGGCAUGCCGCUGUUCGAGCACCUGGCGUCGGACAAGGCGUCCAACACGCUCUUCAACCAGGCAAUGGCCGGCCACUCGGAGAUGAUAAUCAAUAAGCUGCUCGAGGACUACCGCGGCUUCGAAGGCGUCGACGUGCUCGUUGACGUCGGCGGCGGCACCGGCUCCACGCUGCGCAUGGUCACCGCCCAGUAUAAGCACCUGAGAAGCGUCAACUACGACUUCCCCCACGUCAUCGCGCAGGCGCCGCCGAUCCAAGGUGUGGAACAUGUAGGUGGCAGCAUGUUUGAGUAUAUUCCGAGCGGAAAUGCAAUUCUUUUGAAGUGGAUUCUCCACCUGUGGCGCGACGAGGAGUGCGUGAAGAUCCUCAAGAACUGCCACCGGGCGCUCCCGGCGAACGGGAAGGUGAUCGUGGUGGAGUACGUGCUCCCGGCGAGUCCGGAGCCGACGCAGGUUGCGCAGGCCGCGUUUCUCCUGGACGUGGUGAUGCUGAACCGCCUCAGGGGCGCCAAGGAGCGGACGGAGCAGGAGUUCGCCCAGCUGGCCGCCUACGUCUUCGCCUGCGUCUGGGCGCUCGAGUUCACCAAGUAG